CUUUCACGUAACUGCAAGUAUUGUAGAAAAAGUUAGCAAUGACGUCAUAUGCGGUUUUACUGUGGAUGUUAAGAGUGGUAAUUGUACAGAUUGGUUCCGGUUCCCGUCUUACUUCCUCCGCUUCUGGACUCGAUACAAAUGGGAACGAUACCCAUGUAACAGAAAACGAAUUCGAUGAUAUAGACGUAUGUACACAUCAUCAAACUUGCCAUGGAAGAUGUGGACUGUUUCUUACACGAAACUCUAUGUGCCACUGCGACCCGAAAUGCGAGCUUUAUGGAGACUGUUGUUACGAUUACUGGAGUAGUUGCACCAAUAGCAGAGUUUUGAAUUCUUCUCUUGCGUUAUGGGAACGUACUGUUUGUAUGAAAUCCGAAUUUGAACAAUUCUAUUUAAUAUCGAAAUGUAGGUCAGUAACAGUUAAUGAACAUAUUCGAUCAAGCUGCGAGGAACCAAAUCCAGAUGAUUUUCUUCUAAACAUUCCAGUAAGUGAUUCUUCAAAUCUAGCUUAUUCGAAUUUGUUCUGUGCUCUUUGUAAUGGCGUUUCCAUAACGAAUGUCGAAGGAUGGAAAGUAAUGGCUAAAUGCAGACAAAUUAAUGAUGACUACUUGGCGGCUGUUUUUACAUCAUCAGAUCAAUCUUUAAUACAAAACAACCUCGAAACCAUCCUUUCUAAAAUAUAUCUUACGGAAGAUUGUAAUUUGCAGUACAAACCUAUAGGAGGAAAUAGUAAGAGGUAUUGCUCUUAUGAGCAUGGAAUUAAUUAUUGCCCUAUAGAUUUUCCAGAUAAAAAGGUGGCAAACAACUGCAAAAGGUACAAAGCUACUGUGCAUGCGGGUAGCGCAAGUUACGCAAACCCGCAUUGCGCUCGAUGUCACGGGGAAGUAGAUUACACUUGCAAAUUAAGUGACACGCAAUAUUGGACACCAUUCAAAGAUCCCGGCCUUGCCGCCGCUGGGGCGGAUGAAGACAGUGAAUUAAUUGAUAUAGUGGUAACUGUGCCCAUCACUAUUUUAGUGGAUUUCACUUCGGGUAGUCUUAGUGUUGAAACUCCUUCAAAAAAGGUCACCACUGAUGGGUUUAACUGCGGAUCGGGUCGGGUAUACAACCCCUUUAAGGAAGUAUGUAUCAAGACAAUUUGCGAACAUGGUAAAAUCCUUACAGAGCAUGGAUGCAUCUAUGAAUUAGGAAAUCUGAAGAAAACACCAAUAAAAUCCCCAUCUACUAAAAUCGGUGAGCUUGUCUGCAUAUGCAGAGGGUACAGUAAUGUACAAGUACGGUAUAACGUUAAUAAUACAUCGACAGCAAAUGUUACUUUAUCUCAGAUAACAUCAUUAUUAAAAGGGUAUAAUACAUCGUUCAAGUUUAAACAACAUGAUACAUCGACUGCAACAAUUAGUUUUAAGACUUCAGAAUGCCAGCUAGUACAAGGAGUUUUCACUAUAGCAUUUCAACAGUUCAACAGUGAAAAAGUUUUGUUAGAAAACGUUUUAAUAACACAGGUUUGUUUGAAUGAAAACCUGAACAUCACGUCACCAACUGAACAAAGUUGUAUUUCACAAUCAUUUGACUUCACUAAGUUAAAUAUAACAAAAGGAGAUCAAACAACAACAGUAACCGACGGACACGAUUAUUUUACUUUAGAAGAAACGAGCUAUCGAGUAGAGAUGACGUUUAAUGUUGAAAAUGACUCAAUGAUGUUCAGUACGUUGAUGAUAACAAACUGUUCAUCAGAACGCCCACGUGACCCCACCUGCCCACUUAUCGUUUUAGAUGCCAAAGAGUUUGAUUUCACAAGUAACAACACGUGGAUCUACCAACCUACCGGUCACCAGUUCACAAAUGACAAAAUUAUAUUCAGUAACGAAACCAUCACUGUCUGUACUUUUUUCUUACCAAAUGGAACAAGACAAACUUCGUCAAAGUUGUUUGUUUACGAAGAGACUCUCCAACUUAUUAACCUAGUCGGUGUGUCGUGUUCGCUACUUGGUUUGUUCCUGACAUGCCUUACUAGUUGCGUCAGUAGGCCUACUACUUUACGCACAAAUUCGGGAAAGAUUGUGAUGAAUAUCGCAAUUUCACUUUUCUUUGCGCAGUUUGGAACUCUAUUUACAGGCGCUUUCGUGCAAUUUGAGCAUGCGUGUGCCAUCAUUGCUGCAGUCAUGCAUUAUCUGUGGCUGGUGGCGUUUAUGUGUAUGUUUGUGAUGUCAUUAACUCUCUUUAAAUCUUUCCGUUCCUUUAAAGCAUCUUUAAAAAGUCGGUAUGAAAAUCAGUCGAUCAAUCUCUAUUUGUAUUUUAGUUGGGGAAUUCCUCUCGCGUUCGUCGCUAUACUGUUGAUUAUUCACUUCUGUGAUUGUGUACCCUUCAAGUUUACAUACGGUGACGACACAGUCUGCUGGAUACGCGAUGAAUUUGCCGCUUUGAUAGUCUUCGGUGUUCCAAUGGCAACGAUUAUGGGGGUAAACAGUUUUCUAUUUGUCGUCAUAGUUUGCGGAAUUCAUCGAUCAAAAGAAAACUCGAGGAAGAUUCGAGGGAGUUCCAAGAAGAAAGACAUCAUAAACAAUCUCGUGAUUUAUGCAAAGAUAUCGUGUAUUAUGGGAUUGACUUGGACAAUUGGAUGCGUCGCUUCAUUCAUUGAUGAAAGAUUUCUGUGGUACAUAUUCGUUAUUAUGAAUAGUAUGCAAGGAGUUUUCAUAUUUCUUUCUUUCAGUGCCACGAAACUGGUGGCGCUAUUGCACAGGAAGCAGAAAAAUAAUCAGAACGUUAUAGACAUUCGGACCAUUUAUAAUAAAGUGUAAGAACAUUAUUUCUUAAUAUAGUACAGUGUAUACAAUAUUCAACUGAAGAAUGGCUUUGCUUAAAACUGAUGUGCUUAUCUUUCAAUAGAUAUAUUUUACAUAAUUAAUGUUAUAUAUCGACAGUCCCAGAUUAGUACGCUUACGGCGCGCCAUAUUUGCUAUUUUUGUUCUUUAAUUCGGAGAGCAGAAAGGACAACAGAAAGGACAUAACACCUUCAUUUGCGACUUAUAAACAUACGGUAAUUAGAAGUAGGUCUAUGACAUAUCUUUGAAAUCUAACUUGGCGUUUUUUUUUUUUAUUGAGAAAACCUUUUUAAAAUAAAUCAUGCUAAGCCUACAUGAAGAAAUAAUCUAUAACUUUAUGCGGUAAAUAUAUAAAAGGAAAAAUACUUGUAUCAAAGAUGUUGUGGAAAACAAUAUCUUUGUCUCGGAAGAGAUACGUAUACAAUUUAUAGGCAACAACUGGAAUGUAAAGGUAACCAGAACCAGACAACCGUCCUUCAUUGGAUAGUAGGCCUAAUCCUUAAUAAAAACAAAUCUGCAAGAUUGAAGACAAACGUUUCCCGAAACCACUUAUGACAGAUUACCUGUGUCAAAUUUAGUUGAUAAAAAAUGACAUUAGGGAGGUUCGCAAGCUUAUGAAAACGAUAGCGCGAAUCCUGUUACGUCAUCGAAAGUGUAGUCCAUUCAUUCCAUACAGUAGUACCUGUAUAUCGCUCACAACAUAGACUUUUACAUGAAUCGGUGAUCAUUAUUUAGCCCGAGUGUGUAUUUUCAAUUAUGUCUUAGUCAUGAAGAUAAUGAAGAUGAAGUAUUCGUGUGUGUUUGCUAUAGUUUUCGUAAGGCUGUGAAAUCUCCAAAUUAUUAUAAUGUUGAUUAGAUUUCAGAGAAAAUCAAAUGAUGGGCGUUUUUUUUUUUUCUGCUACAUUGUGUGAAUACCGUAUAGAAACUGUAACCGUCUCUAAUAAGAAGUAAAACCGUUACUAAUUGUAUAAAGAGGUAGUCUUUUCGAGGUUAAGUAUAUUGAUGAAUUUGAAAGCAGUCUCCACAUAUAUAUUAAGUUCCAAAUAACAGUAACGUUAUAGUAACAAAACAGUUUUAUGUUCAAAAUAUUUUCUGUAGAAUCAUAAAUAAUACGUAAUAAUAAACUACUUUUUUCAAACGUUGGUGCAACGCUUUGUUAACCUUACUUUUCUUAUAACAAAGUUCAAUUUAUAACAAUUAAACAUUGCAUUUUGCUCGCUUGGUAGUUCCGUUAUAUAAGUUUAAAUUUAUCGAAGACACGUAUAGAUAAUAAAGGUAACGUAACAAAAUUAAUAAAAUGUCCCUAAAUUAAAAUUACAGUAGCCUACUGUCACCUACCGGUAUUAGUUUUCUCUUGAAUGUGGCAAACAAAACGAUGACAUAUUCGAUUAAAUUUAACUUUAAUUGGCACUAUGAGUUGCAAUAGAAAUUGUAACAAUAUUUUUCAAUACAAACAAUAACUACAUAUAGAGGGGUUAUCUUCCUAGCAUAUGCCAUCCCAUAGAGGGGGGUUAUCUUCCUAGCAUAUUCCAUAAAAGGAUGAAAUAACGUGAUGCGUUUCUCAGCGAGUUUUUUUUUAUGAGGCUUUAGGGAAUGGAGUAAUUUUUUAGAUUAAAAGGCAAACAUCUUAAACACUAAGCUAUUUAAAUCCGCUAAAUUUAGGAUACAAAAUCAACAAAUGUUAAGAGAACUUCGUGAUUCAAGUUCUAUCAAUGAAUGGUCAAAUAUAAUAUAUAUUAUAGCAAUUAUCUUGUUACUAUCAAUUAUCAAAAUAAUUUUCUUGUGUUGUAUUUUCUAUUGGAUGCACAAGUUACGGUCAAUAAAGGAUGUUUUCAAAUUCGCUACAUAUAAAGCCUAAAUAAUCCCUUAGUAUAGAGAUUUGCCAAAUACUGUACCCUUUAUAAGGGAAAGAAAGAAAUCUCAUAGAUUUUUAUUUCAUUCUAAUUUGUUGGUCUUGUUAAUGUUAUUGUUAUAAUGGGCAUGAUUGUUUUAUGUAUGGACUCACCGUCGUAGAGGUGUGUACCACUGUUUUUUAAAUGAGUGCCAUUAAUUACUGAAAACUGGAUGUAUUUUAAAUUUAUGGAAGAAUACAAAUAUGUCAAAUAUAUUUCCAGUCUAUUGAUUUCGUUUUGAUUUAGAAAUUGUGAUCAUUUGACCUAACCAUGUAGACCUAACGAAUUCUGCCUAUUUAUGCUAUAGUCUUCUGGAUAUUUUUAAGUAAAACAGUACGGGUUUAGUAACAUUGGCCUACUAAUAAAUGGCAUAAAACUUUGGUUUUUUUCGCUCUGUUUUAGACUUAGACACAUACAUGGUAUCGAAAAAAAAAUUCACAUAUCUAGGCGUACAGUACUUUAGGCCUAU